GCGAGUGUUCCAACCGCAUCUACAGCAUCCCGACAGGCGAACACUGGCACUGCAGGCUCAACCAACAAUGAUUUUCGGAUCCUCGGCAAAAGCACUCUCCGUACAUCUGCAGGAAACCGAGAGGAAAGGGGUAGAGAGAAUCCUUCGUACCCAAACAGCGCGAGAGAGAGAGAGAGUCCGAGUGAGUGCAGAGCGAGAGAGAGACGGGAGGAUAGGCAAGUGGGUUUGUGGAGUAAAAAAAGAACGCCUGGACCUGCCAAGAUCAAGAGGAUUGUGUGUUAUUCUCGGAAUAAUUGCAACUGCGCUUAUUUGCAAAGUGUUUUUUUCGCCAAUCAAAAUGUCAUCGUCUGGGAAAGACAACAGUGGUGCUCAACAUGCCAAUUACGUGGGACCGUAUCGCUUGGAAAAGACGCUCGGCAAAGGACAGACAGGCCUGGUCAAGCUGGGGAUCCACUGUGUCACAUGCCAGAAAGUUGCAAUUAAGAUUGUCAACCGAGAGAAACUCAGCGAGUCGGUACUAAUGAAGGUUGAGCGGGAAAUAGCGAUUCUGAAGCUCAUAGAACACCCUCACGUUUUAAAGCUGCACGACGUCUACGAAAAUAAGAAAUACUUGUAUCUGGUGUUAGAGCACGUCUCAGGGGGAGAGCUCUUUGACUACCUGGUAAAGAAGGGACGAUUAACACCCAAGGAGGCCAGGAAGUUCUUCAGACAGAUCAUCUCUGCACUGGACUUCUGCCAUAGUCACUCCAUAUGCCACAGAGAUUUGAAGCCAGAGAACCUGUUGUUAGAUGAGAAGAACAACAUCAGGGUAGCAGACUUUGGCAUGGCCUCUCUACAGGUCGGCGACAGUCUGCUGGAGACCAGCUGUGGAUCUCCACACUAUGCAUGCCCAGAGGUUAUACGGGGGGAGAAGUAUGACGGCAGAAAAGCAGACGUGUGGAGCUGUGGGGUCAUCCUCUUUGCCCUAUUGGUGGGUGCCCUUCCAUUUGAUGAUGACAAUCUGAGGAACCUGCUGGAGAAGGUGAAGCUAGGAGUGUUCCAUAUGCCCCACUUCAUACCCCCAGACUGUCAGAACCUCCUCCGGGGCAUGAUCGAGGUAGACGCCACCAAACGGCUAACGUUAGAACAGAUUCAGAAGCACAACUGGUACAUAGGGGGUAAGAAUGAACCCGAACCAGAGCAGCCUGUUCCCAGGAAGGUGGCUAUACGGAGCCUGCCAUCUACAGACGACAUAGAUCCGGAUGUACUGGACAGCAUGCAUUCUCUGGGCUGCUUCAGAGACAAGAACAAACUGAUGAAGGACCUGCUCUCGGACGAAGAUAACCAGGAGAAGAUGAUCUACUUCCUGCUGUUGGACCGUAAGGAGAGGUACCCCAGCCACGAGGACCAGAACCUGCCCCCACGCAAUGAGAUUGACCCCCCCAGGAAGCGUGUGGACUCCCCCAUGCUGAACCGCCAUGGCAAAAAGAGACCGGAGAGGAAGUCUAUGGAGGUGCUGAGUGUCACAGACGGAGGCUCCCCCGUACCCGCCAGAAGGGCCAUCGACAUGACACAGCACGGACAGAGGUCAAGGUCCAUAAGUGGAGCAUCUUCCGGUCUCUCCACUAGCCCUCUCAGCAGCCCACGGGUUACCCCUCACCCAUCCCCCCGGGGCAGCCCCCUCCCCACCCCCAAGGGCACCCCUGUGCACACACCCAAGGAGAGCCCGGCGGGCACGCCCAACCCCACGCCGCCCCCCAGUCCAUCUAUCGGCGGUAUGCCCUGGAGGACACGCCUCAACUCCAUCAAGAACAGCUUCCUGGGCUCGCCGCGCUUUCACCGCAGGAAACUACAAGUUCCCACACAAGAGGAGAUGUCCAGCCUCACACCAGAGUCUUCCCCAGAACUUGCCAAAAAAUCCUGGUUUGGUAACUUCAUCAACCUGGAUAAAGAGGAGCAGAUCUUCAUCUUGAUCAAAGACAAGCCUCUGAGCUCCAUCAAGGCUGACAUCGUCCAUGCCUUUCUUUCGAUCCCUAGUCUCAGCCACAGUGUGAUCAGCCAGACGAGUUUCCGGGCAGAGUACAAGUCCACAGCCGGCCCCACGGUCUUCCAGAAGCCAGUCAAGUUCCAGGUGGACAUCACCUACACAGAGAGCACCACCGCCCCCAAGGAGAACGGCAUCUACUCUGUCACCUUUACCCUGCUCUCAGGACCCAGCCGGCGCUUCAAGCGGGUGGUAGAGACAAUUCAGGGCCAGUUGCUAAGCACACAUGACCAGCCGGGAGUUCAGCAGCUUUCUGGAAUUAUCCAGAAAACCUAUUAGAUCCUCCUCCUGCCUCCCUGCUCCACUCCGCCUAUCCUCUUCCUCCUUGGCCAUCACUUCAACCCCACCGUCUGCACACCAAGAGAUGGACAUUUGUUGACGGAGUUGGGGACCGCUUUUCAAGGGGCCUCCUUCGCUACCCCGAGCAGCAGUCCCCGAGGGAGAAAACAGCAAUCCAUAUCCCUCCGAUACACAAGCAUGUUAUACACAUACAAAUGCACACACACACACACACUUUUAUGCCUUCACAUGUAUAUACACACACACACCUUGAGAUUAUUAAGCAUUUAACACCCAAACACACAAUCUCAUUACACAAAUAAAAACACGCUCCCCUUCUCACACACUAUUGCACAGUAUUUAUAGACAAACUCUGGGAUGUAAUAAGAACAAAGAAUAAAAAAAUGGACAGAACAAUGAAGUGACCAAAAGGAGAAGCGAAGGAGGAUGAGUUUGUUGAUCUACUGUAGUAUCAACAUCCGACGCGGACGCUUGCUGGAUUGUAUCGUUUCUCUUUAUAAUGUACUUCCUCUUUCUUCGUGAAGAAACUGGAUUUAAAAAUACUAAAUGGACAUUUAUUAGACUCAAUACCAUUGCUGCAAAUUGACUGGAAUUGCUAUUUCAGAAAGCAAGGGGUGUAUGCAGUA